CAUGUUUUAUAUAAGACAUUUUAGAGAUAAUUUUUCAAUUUUUGUUCUAUUUUUGUCAUUCCUCUACUAUUUGUUCUUAUGUUAUAUAUUAUUGAAAGACAAAAAAAAUAUAAAAAUAAAAUAAUUUGAUUAAGUGAAAUUUAAUUUCUUUACAUUGUAUAAUAAAAUCAAAUUAUUAGUACUUUAUAAUUUAAAUUUAUAAUUUAUCUAUUGGAUAUUGUACUAAUCUUUUUCAAAAAAUGGUAGCUGGAAAAAUAGCUUUUGUAACAGGUGCUGGAAGCGGUAUAGGUAGAAAAGUAUGCCAUAUUUUGGCAAAACAAGGGGCUAGUGUUAUUGCUACCGAUCUAAACUUAAAAAAUGCUGAAGAAACUAUCAGAUCUUUAAAUGAUACCAAACAUUUAGCAUUAAAUGUAGAAGUUUUAAAUGAAAAAAGUAUUAAAGAAGCAUUUAAAAAUGCAAUAAAUAAAUAUUCAACUCCACCAACUAUUAUAGUUAAUUCUGCUGGCAUUACAAGUGAUCAAUUCAUUUUGAAACUUACUAAUGAAGAUUUUGAUAAAGUACUUAAUGUGAAUUUAAAAGGAACUUUUUUUAUAAUCCAAACAGCAGUAAAAGAAAUGAUUAAUGCUAAUGUAAAUAAAGGUGGUUCAAUUGUUAAUAUAAGUUCUAUUGUUGGAAAAAUAGGAAACAUGGGACAAGCCAAUUAUGCUGCAUCAAAAGCUGGAGUAAUAGCUCUUACAAAAACUGCUUCUAUCGAAUUUGGACAAUUUGGAAUUCGUGUUAAUACUGUGCUACCAGGUUUUAUAGAAACUCCUAUGACAAAAACUAUACCUGAUAAUGUAAAACAAUUAUUUAUAAAAAGAAUUCCUCUUCAUAGAAUGGGAAAACCAGAAGAAGUAGCAGAAGUUAUCACAUUUUUAGCAUCUUCCAAGAGUUCUUACAUUAAUGGUGCAUCCAUAGAUGUUACAGGAGGAUUACAUUAAACUUGCUUAAAACUAUAUGAAAACUACAUAUAUAUAUACAUAUAUAUUUUUUAUAUUUUUAUAAUUAAAUUUAAAACACAUUUAAAUAGAUUAUAUAUAAUAUAUAUAAUUAUAUAUAAUAUAAUUACAAAUAUUACUUAAA